AUGUUUUCAAGUAUAGCAUCUUCAGCAAAAGGGAGUUAAAACAAAGAAAUAAAAAUCCCAGUUGGAAAUUAAUCAUAAAAUUGUUACAAUUACUAAUAGACUUUCCAAUCACAAUAAUAAUUAUAAUAGCCUCAAUAAGCUUAACCUUUAUAGCAAGGCAAUUAACGAAAGCCCUCUAUAUCUAGUGUUGCGAGACCUUAGAAAUUUUCUAUUUCUAUAUAGAAUAAAGACCAGUCUUUGCAAUAAGAAAUACUAAGUGAUGAUAGAAAUUUAACUUAUCAUAAAAAAAAGCAAUCUUAUUAGCAGAUGAUCAGCUCAAACCAUUAAGGAAGCAUUUAAAACCAAAAGAAGAGUAAGCAAAGCAUUAAUUUAAACAAUCUAUAAAAUCUUAAUUUAGCAAGUACAAAUAACAACAUUAUAAAGGGCUAAUAGAAUUAAUAGAACUAAUAAACUGCUUCGACAUUUUCUAUUCAAAAUGCAAAAAAUUAGUAUUAAUAAUCACAAUAAUAAUUUAGCUCUGCAACUCUUAACUCGCAAAACAAAAACUCUGCCAAAGAUUUUAUUAAUUAUAAAAUCCUAUAAAUACAGGCUAAUAGUAGUAAAAAUUAAUCUAUUUCUAACGUUUAAAUGAAUGGGAAUUUACAGCCUCAAAAUUAAAUUCAAACCUAAAUGAAUGUCUAAAUUUAAGGUAAAAGCAAUUAAUUCCUUCAAAAUCAUGGAAGUGGAAAUUCCAGUCAAUAGCUUGUAAUCACAAGCGCUAGACGUAACGAAAGUUCUUCAGUCAAUGUAAGAUAAAGAGGAAACGAAUAAAUAAAAAACUAAAAUAACCGCUAAGAUUAAUCUGACUUGAAAGACUAAACUUUAAAUCAAUAUGAAGAUAUCUUAAAAGAAAAGUAAAACAUUUUGUAGCAUCAUUAAAAUACAAUGAAUUAAACUCAAAGCAAAAUGCAACCCUCAUAAUAACAAGUUAUGAUUAACAAUUAUACUUACCAUACCAGUCAAAACAAUUUAAAAAAUGUAAGCAGUAAUUCAUAAUAAUCUUAAAAUAUAAAUAACUAUCAUUAAGUUAGUAACAUUGAAAAUAACAUCAAUAAUGCAAAUACAUAGUAAAUUUAAGAAAGACCUAAACAAAAUUCUUAAUAAUAAAAUAUUGGCUACUAAACCACCCACAAUAAUCAUAAAAGUAUUAACAUCUAAUAAUCAUAAAAUUAAAAUAUAAAUAAUUACAAUUGCAAUAUUGAAAAUAAUAUUAAUAGUGCUAAUUUGUAACCAUUACUUGAAAAAAAUAAAUUUAAUGUUUAAUAAUAACACUUUAACAGUAAUACUCUGAACUCAUAUUCCUUUCUCAGCAACAACAAUAAUAUUAGCAGCACAUCUAAUUUUUCUUCUUUUGGAACACUUCCAAAAGGCACAUCAGCUAGUAUUUUGAAAUAAUAAUAAUAAUAAUAACAAUAACAAUAAAACACCCAAACAACUAUUAAUUCUAUGCUAUUGCAUUUAUAGUAAAAUGACUUAUAAAAAAAUUACUUUUUAAAUUAAUAAAAAAUUUAAAAUAGCAGCAACAACGGUUAGAAUUAAUAUGCAUAUUAAAAGAAUAAUCAAUUAGAAAUCAAUUCUGCUUCUAAUUUGGCUCUAACAGAUUAAGAUGCUUUGAAAGAGUUACUUAGCAAAACUACUUCAACAAAGAGUGCAAUCAAAAACGCUGCCAACUACUUCUCUUCUCAACAACAUAAAUAAUAAGUUUAAAAUAAUAUAAAUCUUUAAUAAGAAGAGAAACCUGGAUUUUAAUCUGAGCGUCUUAACAACAACAACAAUAAUACAAACAAUACUUAAUUUAUUCUUUAAAACCAAGUUGCUUAAAAAAAAAAUGAAUGUAUAAACAAUUAAAAUAAAAUCAAUGUUCAAUCUCACUUAAAGGUUUAAAAUUAAUAAAAAGCUUAAAACAAUCCUAAUAAUUCUUAAGCAGUAGAACAAAUGUACUAAAACUAAGCUCCCAUCUAGAGAAAAAUACAAGAAAAGAUACAAAAAUUUACAUAAAUAUAAACAUAAAUUCAAAACUAUAAUCCAAUCUAAACCUAAAAUCUGACAUAAAAUUCUAAUAAAUCUCAUUUAAAAGCAAACCCUAUUUCUAUAUUGUCUUAGGUAAACUCGUAUGGAAUUGUAAACAAUUCAAAGUAGCCAACACCAGCAAUACCCUCAGUUUCUUCUGUUAGCAGUACUUAAAAUCUUCAUUAAUAAAAAACUAAUGAAACUCUUAGCAAUUUUACUGUUUCUCCAAGUGUUCCAAGUACUUAAGUGCAAAUUACAAAUCAAAUAGGAUUAUUGAGCUCUAAUUCAAAUAAUAGUACUAAUAAUAACAAUAUAAAUAAUAAUUAUUAUAGUAAUCUAAGUAACAAAGCCGAAUAUCCACAUAUUUAAAAUAAUUAAAUCGGAGUAAACAAUAUUAGUUAACUUGGAUAGUUGUCUGGAUAAUGUUCUAGUAAUAACAAUAACACGACUCAAAAUAGUGCCUUAAAUUAAAAUAAUCAUAAAAAUUUGCUUUCAACUGCUAUAAAAUCCGAAACUACUCAGGUUUCUAAUUUUAGUUAAGAUUCUCCUCUUGUAUGUAAUGAAAAUCUAUCAGGAAUUCUAACAAACAGAUAUGGCGAUAAUUCAUAAUUUAAAAAUUUACUAUCCUGCAAAAGCAACAACAUGUCAAGUAAUAAUAUCAAUCCAGGAACUUAUAAUAGCAACACUUCAAACAAUAUACACUAAAAUUCAUCAUCUUUUACUUAAACUUUAUCAGAAAACAAAGACAAAAUACAAAAUAAUAUUUAAAUUUAAAAUUAUAUUUCUACUUAACAUUAAACCUCUCAAAUUAAUUCAAAGAUUGGAAUCACUAAUAUUUAAUUAAUUGAAGAAUACGAUAAUUCGAUUCCUUAUAGUCAAUCAUAGUAAUCUUAAAUUUUAAAUAAUUAUGGUGCUUAGCCUAAUAAUGCUUCUAACAGUUAAAGCAAUAAUAAUAAUAAUAUUAAUAAUAGCAAUUGUGGAUUUAAACCUACUCAUAAAAAGAAUUUAAGCAAUCAUCUUAUAAAUAAAUUAGGAGCUAUUUGCAAAAGUGCCACUGAAGGAUCAUAAACCUAUACCUAAAGUUCUCAAAAUAACUCUUAAAACAAAGAUUCUUUCAACAAUAACAACAACACUUUAAGCAGUAAUUAAAAUAAAACUAAAAAUAAUACUGUUAGUAUUAGUCUAAAUAACAAUAACACUAAUAAUCUUUAAAGUAAUACUUUGAGUUAAGUCCAAGAUUUAGAUCUCAAAAAAGAAGAUACUGUUGUCACAAAUUAUGAGUUAGAAGUUGUGGAAGAAAGCUUAAAAGAUAGCAUUGAGCAAUUUAGUACUAAAUAAAAUGUUUAAAUCAACAAAAUACCAAAUAACUUAAAAUUAGAUAAAUAAAAAAAUAAAGAAUAAAAGGAAAGUCUUGAAUAGCAGCUUUUAAAUUUCUAGCAUUAAAAUAUCUUAAGUGAGAAUUUCGAAUACAGAAUUAAGGAUAUGAAAGAAUAGGAAAUAGACUAUCUGCCAAAUCCAGAUUAUUUUGAUAAUUAAACAGAAAUUACUUGUAUGAUGAGAUGCAUUCUAUUUGAUUGGAUGUUUGAUGUUUGCAUGAGCCUCAUGCUAAAAAGAGAAACUGUUUAUCUUUCUUUAAAUUAUGUUGAUAGGUAUCUCAGCUAAAAAUAGGUUACAAAGCUUAACCUUUAACUUGUUGGAGCUGUUUCUCUUUAUAUGGCUUGUAAAAUAGAAGAAAUUCAACCUCCUUCCAUUUCAGAGUUUGCAAAAUGUACUGAUGAUGGUUAUACAGUAGCAUAAAUUGUAGAAUAUGAACUGCUAAUGUUAAAAGCUUUUGAUUGGAAAUUAAAUCCACCAACAUAAAUAACUUGGUUGAACAUGUAUACUGAGAUAUGGGAUAGAUUCAUAAAAUCUAGUUUUGAUAAGCCAAAUAAAUAUCAAAUAAAUUUUGUUUAAGAUCAAAAGAUUUCAAACAAGAAUUACUUAAUUCUCUACAGAAUUCCUGAAUAGAAAAGUUACAUGCUUUUUAGAUAAAUGGUGUAGAUUUUGGAUUUAAUGUAAUUAGAUGCUAAUGUAUUAAGAUUUGAAAGCAGAAUGCUAAUUGCUUCAUUAAUGUACUUGUAGCUAGGCAUUUAUUAUAAAUAAUUCACUAAAAAAUAAGUUCAUUCAGGAUUCAAUGAAAAAUACUUAUUUGCUAAUUCACUUAAUAAUUUCAACGAAUACUUUAAUUCUUUUUUGACUCAGCACUUCUAAUUUAAUCUGAUUGACAUACUUUCUACUUUGCAACAUGUAGCAACUUUCUUUGACGUAGAAUAUAAUUAUUCACUUUCUCCAGCAGCCUAAAUGAUUGAUCCUACAAAUAACGAGAUGUCUUAUGAAGAAUAUUUAUCCUAUUAAACUUAUUUCCCUAAUGGUAUUGAUUAUAUAAGGAAAAGAUACUGCUCAUGA